AUACUAAUAUAUACACACAAAAACAUAUGUAAAUAUAGAUGGAACAGAAGCCUAGAUAGGUUAGGAUAAAGAAAACGAUCAAAUCUGCAAAGAUCAGUCUCUCCCAAAUCCCCAAAAAAAACAAAGCAUGCAUUUCGUAAUAAACAACUCAUCAUAAAACGACACAUAACUCGAAAACCUCUCCUCCCGACAUUUCAUCAAUUCAUUUCUCUUUUUAUUUUCGAAAAGAUGAAAACUUAAUAAAUUAUUAUGAACAAUCUUACUAUAUAUAUGGAUAUAUACACAGGCCCUAAAACGUAAAACAGUUGAGGACUUUACAUCUGAACAUGUCUUUCUCCGUGAAAGGUCGAAGCUUACGUGGCAACAAUAACGGAGGAACGGGGACGAAGUGCGGGAGAUGGAAUCCAACGGUGGAGCAGUUGAAGAUAUUGACUGAUCUGUUUCGAGCCGGUCUUAGAACUCCAACAACUGAUCAGAUUCAGAAGAUCUCUACGGAGCUCAGUUUCUACGGCAAGAUAGAGAGCAAGAAUGUUUUCUAUUGGUUUCAGAAUCAUAAGGCUAGGGAGAGGCAGAAACGUCGUAAAAUCUCCAUUGAUUUUGAUCAUCAUCAUCAUCAACCAUCAACUAGAGAUGUUUUUGAAAUAAGCGAAGAAGAUUGUCAAGAGGAAGAGAAGGUGAUAGAGACAUUACAACUCUUUCCGGUGAAUUCAUUUGAAGACUCCAACUCCAAGGUGGACAAAAUGAGAGCUAGAGGCAAUAACCAGUACCGUGAAUAUAUUCGAGAGACCACCACGACGUCGUUUUCUCCAUACUCAUCAUGUGGAGCUGAAAUGGAACAUCCACCGCCAUUAGAUCUUCGAUUAAGCUUUCUUUAAGUCAUUGACCACAAUAACAAAAGAAAAAAAACAGAUGCUUUAGCCUUUAAAAUGUUGUUGUAUUUUGAAUUAUGACAUAUUAUCCGAUGCAUGGUUUAUGAGAUAUUUUCCAAUGCAUGGUUUAUCAAAAAGUUGUCUCAUUUUGUUUGAUAUAAGAAUCUAUGUUAUGGAAUGCGU